CACAGGUCAGAGCCCAUCAUACUUUACACUGCCAAGACCGUAUCAUUCUCUACACAGCCCACAGCAGCAUCCUAUCACUUCUCCACUGUCUCUCCUGACCCUGCUGUCACCACAGACAUGACAAUUAUCCACCGUCUCUCCUGACCCUGCUGCCACCAUAGACAUGACACUUCUCCCCUGUCUCUCCUGACCCUGCUGCCACCAUAGACAUGACACUUCUCCCCUGUCUCUCCUGACCCUGCUGCCACCAUAGACAUGACACUUCUCCUGCUCCUACUCUCAGCCGGUGUCUGCUGCACAGCCACACUCAGCCGCCUCAAACAGUUCCAUCUCAUUGAAAGGAGUUUAAAUUGGACAGAAGCACAAGACUUCUGCCGGGAGAACUACACUGAUCUUGUCACUUUGUACAAUCGGGAGGAAUCUGAGCAGCUGAUACAGUUAAAGCUAUCUGAUAAGAGAUCUACAGCCUGGAUAGGUCUCCAUCGCACAGAGCACAGUCUGAAGUGGUCCAAUGGAGACACUGUUAAUGACACUGCAUGGUCACCACUUCCAAGCCCGUGCACAGAGCCAAUGUGUGCAGCCAUACUCAAAGAUAAUACAACAUGGGAGAAGUGUAAGGAGCAGAAAUACUUCAUGUGUUACAGAGAAGGGUCUGGUGAUUCCUUCCUGAUUGAACAGAACAUGACCUGGUAUGAGGCUCAGAGUUACUGCAGAGAGAACUACACUGACCUGGUCAGCAUCAGGAACGAGGGACAGAAGCAGCAAGUGAAGAACAAAGGAAUGAACAGCACCUCUUCUUACUGGAUCGGCCUGCUGUAUGAUGACUGGGAGUGGUCUGAUGGAGGGAGAUCUGCCUACAGAGACUGGAGCACAUUGUCAGACUAUCCUAAAGCAGGAGAGAAUCACACUGCUCUUUACGAAACUGAAACAUCUAUACUCACAAUGCCAAAUGGAAAUGACGCACAAUAUACACUCUGCUCUAAAGGAUCAGUUCGCAUCCACAAUAUCAGUGAAAGAAAGUCUUGGGAACAGGCUCUGGCCUACUGCAAGAAAAACUACCAUGGACUGCUGCGUAUUGAGACAGAAGAAGACCUGGAGGCAAUCAAGCAGAAGUUUAAUGGGACUGAUUUUACUGGUCCUGUGUGGGUGGGUCUGAGACAGAGCCGUCUCUUUGGGUUCUGGGUCUGGUCCAAUGGGCUGCCAGUGGGGUGGAGUAACUGGGAGCGAGACAGACAGCCUGAACAGCCUCUGUCCAACCAUUGUGGUGCCAUGGCAAUGGAGGAGGGAUACAAGUGGAGUGAUCAGGAUUGUCUGUCCAAGCACUUUUUUAUUUGUGAAGAAGAGUUGUAAUACAUUUCCCCCUUGUUAAUUUAAUUGUCUUUACCAUUUCUCACAUUUUGAUUGAUGUGUGUGUUUUUUUAGGUAAUUGCUGAUUGAAAUUAUUAUGUUUAAGCUUUCAGCAUGCAAUGUACAAUAUACCUUGUCAUUGAUAUAACGUGUUCUCAAAAAUCUUGGAAUAAAAUUGUGUGAUAUUUCAGAUAUAUAAAACAUGUAAAACAAUAAAAUAUAGCUCAUUAUGUCAUGUUAUUAAAAUAUUUUAUUCAAUUGUCACAAUACGUUUGCCAUUAAGCAAACUUGUUUAUCCUAGAUUUACCCAUGUCAUCAUUAUUGUAACUAUGGGUUACUGUAAUUAAAACUCUAGAUAGUCUAAAUACAAUUAUAUUUAAUUAAUAGUAUCAUGCAUGUUAACAAUGACUAAGGAAAUAAAAAGGAUAGUAAAGUCAUAUUUUAUAUAAUGGAUAUUGUAAGCAAAAUAUCCCUUCUCCCCAAAAAAUCUCUUAUAUUUUGAUUAUUUUUGUAGUCUUCUUUUAAACACACACAAACACAGUAGAUGUUGCAACAAGAUGUCAGUAUGAGUAACUACCGGACAUAACAGGGAUGAGUGGAUGCCGCCAUCUUGUCUAAUUCAAGUUCUCUCUCACUGAUUGAGACAGGUGGGUGUCCAUCCCCAAGUGUCCCAUGUCAGGAUGACAGACACCUGCCUCGAUCAAUGAGAGAAGACUUGAAAUACAGUAGACGUAGAAGGCAGCGUACACAUUAUUGGAUUACUUCAUGGAGCAAAAAAAAUACAUUUAUUUGAAUAAUGGAGCUUUUUCUAAAUUCAAACAGACCUCCUACAAGUGGACGCAGACAUACUUCUCAGUACACACCAUAAGACGAUCCCGCAGGUGAAGAAGCCGCAUAUGGAUGGCCUGGGCUGGCGUAGCUACACAAGGUAGCAUGUGUGGCCAAGAUAAAGCAAAGCAGUGUGACAAGAACAACAACACAGAGUUACACAUGGGAUAAACAAAAGUACAGUCAAUAACACACUAGAAUAAUCUAUGUACAGUCUGUGCAAAUGUAGUACGAUUAGGGAGGUAAGGCAAUAAAUAGGCCAUAGUGGCAAAAUAAAUUCAAUUUAGCAUUAACACUGGAGUGAUAGACGUGCAUAUGAUGUUUUGCAAGUAGAGAUACUGGGGUGCAAAAGAGCACAUCAAAUAAAUAACAA